AUCCCAAUUCACUCUGUAGUCUGUACUAACAAAAUUCUAAAAAAGCAAACAACGUCUUUCUUCAGACAUUUCUCACUUUCUCUCUUUUUCUCACUACUACUACUUUUUUUCUUUUUUACAUUUCUCUCUCUUCUAAGCCGAAACCAUGGAUUCACCGCCGCCGGAAAUUACGCCCCUCAUUCCGGCCGAUAAUGUAACUAUAGCUUCUCCACCAGUGGCGUCAACAGGAUUAGCCGCUUUACCGCCGUCAAACUCGAGUACUAUUCCACUAACGCCGCCGUCUUCCUCGGGAAUGUCGAAGCAAACUUUGACGGCUUUAAUUGUCGGAAUUGGGCUUGGAGGGUUAAUUGUUCUCAUUGCUGUGGGUAUUUUCGUCUUUUUUUACAAGCGACGAAAGCGGAAGUUGGCUGAAGAUGGAUUAUUGUUGCCUACUAAACAUAAUCCUUUUGGUGGACAAACUCCACACAGUGUGCCUCUGAAUUCUAAUGAUGCGAUUCAUCAGCAACACAAAUCUGAUCCACCACCACCACAAUGUGCUGUUGUGCCAAUACCACCUUCCACAAGUAGCAACUCGGGUUCGGAGCUACUAACUCAGCCAUUUGGGAUGUCAUCAUCCUCAUUGCCAUUCCCAAAUGGUACAUUUACGUAUGAAGAAUUAGCUUUGGCAACAGAUAACUUUUCUAGUGCCAAUCUACUUGGUCAAGGUGGCUUUGGAUAUGUCCAUAAAGGAAUCCUGCCAAAUGGCAAAGAGAUUGCUGUCAAACAGUUGAAAACUGGAAGUGUGCAGGGGGAGCGCGAGUUUCAAGCUGAGGUUGAUACAAUUAGUCGUGUGCAUCAUAGGCAUCUUGUUUCACUUGUUGGACAUUGCAUGUGUGGGGAACAACGAAUGCUUGUUUACGAGUUCAUCCCAAACAAGACCUUGGAGUUCCAUUUACAUGGAGAAGGGAAACCGCCAAUGAGUUGGGAAACAAGGUUGAAAAUUGCUGUGGGUGCUGCUAAAGGAUUGGCAUAUCUUCACGAGGACUGUCAUCCAAAAAUCAUUCAUCGAGACAUAAAGGCUUCUAACAUUUUGAUUGAUGAUGAAUUUGAAGCAAAGGUAGCAGACUUUGGAUUGGCAAAGUUUUCUUUUGACACAGACACUCAUGUAUCUACCAGGGUUAUGGGGACUUUUGGUUAUCUAGCUCCUGAGUAUGCCUCAAGUGGGAAACUCACUGAGAAGUCCGAUGUUUUUUCCUUUGGGGUUGUGCUUUUGGAAUUGAUUACAGGACGCAGACCUGUUGAUAAAGCUCGUCCAUUCAUGGAUGAUAGCAUGGUUGAAUGGGCGAGGCCAUUGUUAAGUCAAGCCUUAGAAGGUCGUAGUUUCAAUGAACUUGUGGAUCCCAGAUUGGAGGAGUACAAUUCCUUUGAAAUGGCUCAAAUGAUUGCUUGUGCUGCAGUAUGUGUUCGUAGCUCGGCAAGGCGAAGACCACAAAUGAGUCAGGUUGUUAGAGCUUUGGAAGGGAACUUAUCCGCUGAGGAUCUGCUGAAAGAAAUCGCACCAGAUAACAGAACAUUCCACGGAAGUUCAGAUUACGACUCGAGUGCUCAAUACAAGGAGGAUUUAAAGAAAUUCAGGAAGCUAGCUCUUGAUAGCCAAGAACAAAGUACCGGUGAGUACAGUGUAUUCACCAACGAGCAUGGUAUGCCCCCGUCAACCUCGAGUACCGAAAAUCAACCUGAUACACAGGAGAUUGAAACCGGGAAAUCUAAAACAGGCACCAGAGAUGCCCGUGAAAUUCCUGUUGAAUGAAUAGAGUUAUCUUUCUAUUUGAUUUGAUUAAUGUAAACUUAAUCCAUUCUUUUAAAUGCUCACUAUGGGUAAAUUCAUAGAGUUAGGUGUACAAAGAAGUUUUCGUUGAUCUUAAUUCCGCUUUACUUAGCAGAAGUCAUUGUAUAUGUUCAGAUACAUGAGCUUGAUUACUAACAAUCAACUAAUGUAUUUUCCCACCCACUUUUUUUGAUUCAAUUUAUCCUUGUUUAGUAAA